AUGUCUGACAUCAAUCAAGAAGACCUGGCCCCGUUUGUGAGGAAUCAAAACUGUGGAGAUUAUCCCGUCUGGAAGAAGGAUCCAUAUCACAUACCUUUCUACGAGGAUGAACACAUAACUCUAUACACUGGGACUAUCCCACCAAAUACGGCCACAGGCUAUCACCAGCACAAUAAAGACACGUUUUAUGUAGUAUUAGCCACAGGGCUUGCUACUAACGAUAUCGUCGAGUCGAAAGAAAUCGAGCCAGAGCAUAAGCCACGUCUAACAUCCCCUUAUAGUGGACGUGUAUCUCCCUUGGAAGCGACAAGUCAUUUCGGAUCAGGACUCACAUACAAGUUACAACCUGGUGACAAAAUUAGUCUGCCCCAAUACAAGAGUACAGACGCUCCCUUGACCCGCGUAGUGGUGCAUUUGGCCGGCGAUUGGACUAAGCUAGAGAUCACAGCGCCGUCUACAGCAGUUAAGAACCUUCGCACCGAAGGCAAUAAAAAGCGCAUCAUCGACAAGGACGUACUGGUGGCUGUGCUCGAGGGACAUGAUGUGUUUGUAGCAGACGAUGCGAAGGGCGUCGCAGACGUCGAGUACAACGGACCGUGCCAGCUGACCAACACUAGCGACAGUGUGUGGGAGGGGGUGGUUGUGGAUGUGUUCGGAAAGGAAUAGGAAUAACGCGACGGGAUACGCGUGAAUAAACAAACAGAAUCUUCUGACAUACACCACAUAAACGUAAACGUAAAAAACGAAUCGCACACACCUGACACCGUGUGUUAUGCCUGCUCGAGGAGUCUCCGUAGAGACUACAAGAGUACGGAUCUCGGUUGCUAUGGUUAUUGCCAUCUCUGUUCCCGUUUUAGCUAGGGAUAAGCCUUAAGUCACGGAUGGUGGGACUUGAACCCAUACUCCCCAACACACGCACCGAGACUCUGGUUGUGGUGUAUGUAUCUACAUGUGUAUCUAGUUGUGAUGUGUGUAUCUACAUUUGUAUCUAGUUGUGGUAUGUGUAUCUACAUUUGUAUCUAGUUGUGGUGUGUGUAU